AGGCGACGGUGCCAGCGACCACGGCAGCGACGGCUGCGGGACCCCGCCCUGCGGGAGCGCGCUGGAGUGGCAGUGGGAGCGCCCCGGGUGGGCGCGGGCCAGCGGUGCUCGGCGGGCAGUGCAGGUCGAGGCUGCCCAGACGCCCUCUUCGCCGCUGCGGGCGGGGGCGUGGCCGUCAAUUCAGGCGUCGAGUUCGACGGCGGGGAGGGGCGCCCCCCAUCUGUGGUUCGCCUCGCGGCGGAAGCGGGCGGUGCGCGUCGCCGCGGACCUGGCGGCGGCGAAGCAUGGCGCGGGUGUCGCCCUUGGGCUGCUCCCGUGGUGCGAGUGCGGUCUCUGCGCCCGCUGGCGGAUGCCGCGCCCGCCGCCGCUGUGGUCGCCCCUUGGUGCGGGGUAUCGGGCUGAAUUUAGUCCGGUCCCGCUCGCGCACCCCCUUGGACAGACGUUCGAGAUCGGCCGGUGCCGUCGAGCUUCGGCUCAUAGAACAUUCUCAGGAGGGGAAAACAUAGACGCACUUAAUCGUCGAUCCCGAGG